AUCACCUUCUGGAAUCCUUUUCAGGCUGGGGCAGGCACCUCCUCUAGCCCCCACACCUUCCUAUGCUCCAUUCAUUCCAAAUCUGACCACUCCAGAUUGUGGUUCUGAUUAUGUGUGGAUUUCCUUCCUUUGGGGCAUCAUGACCAUAGGGGCCGGGUAAUGUCUUGUUCACUGCGGAAACCAUAGUACCUGCUAGCACAGGGCCUGACACAUAAACGGGCAGUAAUUAUUUAUCCAGGUUGGAGCUGGAGGAUUGUGAGGGUCGGUAAGGAUCCUGACCCUUGAGCCGCCUCUCCGGAGGCAAACUGAUUCCUACUAAACCAAGGCUACCAGCUGCACGCUAGUCCGCAGUCUCUCUGCUCAUGCGCUUUGCUCAGGCGCGCCCCCCGCCCCACAUAUGCUAAUCACUGCGCUCCUGAGUACAGUUUUUCCGGGGAAUAUGCAAAUCACCCCAUUUGGUGCUUGAGGCCUCCAUUGUCCCGCGCAAAGAUUAUGCAAAUGAACAGGCCUCAGGUCCCGACUCCCGGCCGAGCUAGCGUUCCCCUACCCCCGGCUCAUCCCGUCUUCUAUAAAGCGCGUUCCUGCCCCGCACACGCACGCGCGAGCCCUGCAAUUUCUCCAUCUGGCCGGUUGCGGACUGUACCAAGUAAACCCGGACAGCGAGGGGCAAAGCCCGCAAGCCCCUGCGCUGGCCUCACGGUGGCCCGACUCGGAUAGCCCCUCUUCACACUGUGCGCCAGGAAUGGUCCAUCUCGGCGCGCAAGCGCCCUAGGCUCUUCACGCCCCUCGCGCUCCUUCCCAUCCUACUCGCGGCGCAGGCGCCAAGCCCAGGCGUGCAGCCGCCACCGCCACCGCCGCCGCCGAGCCCGAGCGGAGGCCGCCCUAGCCGCAUCCCUCUACCGGCUGACAUCCUGCAUUAGAGAACUUGUGGCCAAGGUGUAGCUGUGGAGAGCUGGCCGGGGAGAGACGCUGCCUAGCUUCUGCUCUGCUCCUGUCUCCUCCUCCGGCCAUGACAGAGACUCGUGAGCCAGCUGAAACCGGAGGCUAUGCCAGCUUGGAAGAAGACGAUGAGGACCUCUCUCCAGGGCCUGAGCAUUCCUCUAACUCCGAAUACACACACUCAGAGCCGGACUCUGAAGAGGAAGAAGAUGAGGAGGAGGAGGAAGAGGAGACCACUGAUGACCCCGAAUAUGACCCUGGCUACAAAGUGAAGCAGCGCCUGGGUGGGGGCCGGGGUGGCCCAUCCCGCCGGGCUCCCCGUGCAGCCCAGCCCCCGGACCCCCCAGCCCAGCCCUGCCAGCUCUGUGGCCGCUCAUCCCUCGGGGAGGCCCCACCGGGCACUCCACCUUGCCGGCUCUGCUGUCCUACUGCAGCCCCCCAGGAAGCACCAGCCCCCGAAGGCCGGGUGCUUGGCGAGGGCGAGCCAGAGCCACCGCGGGCUGGGGAGGGCCAGGGCCAGCCCGCCGGGCGGGAGGAGGAGCCAGACGAGGACGAGGAGGGCACCUACCACUGCACGGAGUGCGAGGACUCCUUCGACAGCCUCGGGGAGCUGCAUGGGCACUUCAUGCUGCAUGCCCGGGGUGAGGUGUAGGCAGAGCCCCUGCCCAGAAGCUUGGCAGGAAGGGUGAGGUGGGAGGAGGGGGGCUGAAGAGAUUGGGUGGGUGAAAUGGUCCCUAGGGGAUGGAGUACUGCCUAUCUGUGUCGUCUUAGCUGUAUGUGUGAGGCCAGAAUAAAAGCCAAAUUCUGUGUG